AUGCCGUUCGAACGUCAAGCUAGAAAAUACGGAUGGAGCGCCAUGGAAAGAGUGGACAGGCUACAUGAGUGUUUGAGAGGAGCUGCAGUGCGGUAUGUCUGUUCAUUACCAGAACGUACAAGGGAAGAUUAUGUCCUCCUGGUAGAGCAACUCACUCAACGUUUUGGGAAAAAAGACCCCCCAACCACAAUAAGAAGAAAGAUAGGGGAGCUCCGGCAAGCACGAGAGACAUCAGCUGAGUUUGCAGAGGAGGUGAGACGCCUUAUCACACUUGCUUAUCCAGGGGUGGAUCUCCAGCUGCAAGACCAACUAGCAACUGAUGCUUUCCUCAAGGGAUUACGAAACCAAAAGGUGGCUUAUGAAGUCAUGAAUCGUGACCCAGGCUCCUUCGUUGAGGCCCAAAAGUUUGUGGAGGCCCAUGAACAUAACUUCAAAGCCACCGUGGGCCGUGACACUGAAGUUAAGAACAGAGCAAGACGCAUCUCAUGGGUUGAUGAAGGAGACUUAUGUGAGGAUACUGCUACAAUGUCCCGCAGAGUCCAGACCCCCCAGUUGAGACACUCCAGUCCACAAACACCGGACCCCACCGACCUAAAGCAGCCCAAAGCUCUUUACCAGAAAGAAAACAAAACUAUCAGGCACAACCCAACAGAGGUCGCUCUCAAUCACCAAGCCCAAAUCGUGGGGCAGCUGGUCCAUGCUUUAGAUGUGGAGAAACAGGACAUUUCCGAAAGGACUGUGCUAGGCCACCCAGCCCUGUGGCUGCACGUAGCGAUGCAAUGGAACCCCCCCAACAACCUACAAGAGCUGCAGGCCUUCCUUGGGCUAUGUAACUAUUAUCGCAAGUUUGUCCCAAGUUUUGCAGAGCUGGCAAGCCCCCUCCAUAAUCUUCUCAAAAAGGGAACAGUGUUUCAAUGGACUGACGAGCACCAAGCUGCUUUUACUAUGCUCAAAGAAAAGCUGACCACCGCACCUGUGUUGGGGUAUCCCCGUACUGAAGGAAAGUUCAUUCUGGAUACAGACGCCUCAAACAACAGUGUCGGAGCAGUCCUGUCGCAGAUCCAGUGGGGAGAAGAGAGAGUUCUGACCUAUGCCAGUAGCCACCUGUCCCCAGCUCAACAAAGGUACUGCGUCACUCGUCGUGAAUUACUCGCUGUUGUUCGCUUCACACGCCAGUUCCGCCACUAUCUACUGGGCAGGAAGUUCCUACUACGGACCGACCAUGGCAGUCUCACCUGGCUUUUCCGUUUCAAGUGCCCUGAAGGACAGCUAGCUCGUUGGCUGGAAGAGUUGAGCCAAUAUGACUUCCACAUUGAGCAUCGGGCUGGUAAGCAGCAUGCUAAUGCAGAUGCCCUAUCAAGGCUGCCAAACAACAUGGACAAAUGUGACUGUUACCAGGCAGGGAUAAAUCUGUCAGAUCUGCCAUGCAAAGGGUGCAGGUACUGCUGGAAAGUUCAUGAACAGUGGGCCAAGUUCGAAGAAGAUGUGGAUGAUGUUGUGCCACUAGCAGUAAGGUGCAUUGAGCCCCAAGGCAACGCAAAUGUUGAUGGCACUCAGCCGGUUGAGAGUCAGCCAUCUGCACCUUUGCCAGAGACCCCCGAAGUCAACUGGCUUGAGUCCCUUAGUCCCGAGCAGCUGGCAACAUUGCAGAAAGCAGAUUCUGUUCUCGCUACUCUUCAUACAUGGAAGGAAACAGGGACACUCCCCACCAAAGAUGAAGUAAUGCUGGAGGGCCCUGCUGUAAGAAAGUUCUGGCUAUGUUGGCCCCAAGUCACAUUAAGACAAGGAGUCCUCUAUUACUCCUGGGACAGAAUUGGAGACCAGCACCCAACUCAGCUGCUAUUAGUUCCAUCGUCCAUGCAGAAAGAAAUCCUACAGUCAUGCCACAAUCCUCCAUACUCUGGUCACCUGGGAGAAGCCAAAACCCUACAGCGUGUGCGGCAAAGCUACCACUGGUAUGGAAUGGGCAGAGAUGUUCAGCUGUUUGUCAAGAGUUCACGAGGUGGGUUGAAGCUUUUCCAGUCCCUGACCAAGGUGCUGAAACGACUGCAAGAAAGCUAG